AUGAGUACAUUGAAUCCAGUAACAACACACAGAGAGUUUAAUGGGCUUCCUGGAGCAUUGGGUAUAACUUUUGGUUUACCUUUGGUAAUCAUUAUUUUUGCUUUAGUCACUAAUCAAUAUUAUUCAUUACAAGGUGUCAAUCUUCAAAUUGGAAAAGUGUUGAGUCAAAUCCCAUGCGAGCGGACAGAAUGGAUGAACUUGUGUUUUAAUAAACAAGUGUGGAGUGCAUAUUUGGCAUGGUUCUUUGGGUUGGUCAUUUUGGAUCAAAUAUUGCCUGGUAAAAUGAUGCAAGGGACGAAAUUGAGAGAUGGAAGUUAUUUGAAUUAUUGUAUUAAUGGUAUUAGUAUGAGUGGAACGUUGUUUUCUAUUUUGAUUGCCCGUUGUUUACAAGUGGAGGAUUUCAAUUUACCUGAAUUGCAAUUCAUUUACAAUCAUCAGUUGCAAUUGUCAGUGACCUGUAUAAUCUUUUCAUUCUUGUUGGCAGUAUUUGUUUAUGUGUACUCCUUUAUCCCGUUAACCAAACCUAAUGGUGUUGGCACGAAAGAGAGGAUAUUGAGCGUCAAUGGAAAUACGGGGAACAUCAUUUACGACUGGUUUAUCGGCCGUGAAUUGAAUCCAAGAAUUGGAAACUGGGAUAUCAAGUUAUUUUGUGAAUUGAGGCCAGGAAUGUUGUUGUGGUUUCUCAUUAAUUUGAGUUGUGCUCAUGAACAAUAUCACAAGUUGGGCUAUGUCACAGAUUCUUUGAUUUUAGUCACUUUAUUGCAAUCGUUUUACAUUUUUGAUGGUGUGUUGAAUGAAACAGGGUUGCUAACCAUGAUUGAUAUCACUACUGAUGGAUUCGGAUUUAUGUUGAGUUUUGGUGAUUUGGCGUGGGUACCUUGGAGCUAUACGUUGCAAACGAGGUACUUGAGUGUUCCAGGAAACGAAGUAACCCUAGGAUGGCAUAUGUUUGCCGCAAUAGUGGUGUUGCAUUUUGUUGGAUUCUACAUCUUUAGAGCUUCCAAUUUGCAAAAAUCCAACUUCAAAAAUGGCAAGUUGCAACACAUGAAACAUAUCAAGACUGCAACGGGGUCAAAGUUGUUGAUUGAAGGAUGGUGGGGAUUAUCACAACACAUCAACUAUCUUGGUGACUGGUUGGUUGGAUGGUCUUGGUGCUUACCCACUGGAUUCCAAACUCCAUUGACAUACUUUUAUGUGAUUUAUUUUGCCAGUUUAUUGAUCCACAGACAAGUAAGAGAUGAUAUGAAAUGUCAAGCUAAAUAUGGCAAAGAUUGGGAAAAGUACAAACAAUUGGUUCCUUACAAAAUUAUUCCCUAUGUAUACUAA